CACAUACGUCAUAAUGAAUGAAAGUAUAUGUGUAGAUGAAUGAUUUUUCAAUACUGAACUAGCAGUCUAUAUCGGAACGCGCCUGAGAAUGUCAUGUCUUCAUUAAAAGCGCGCGAAUGUCAUUCAAGUUUGUUUAUGAAAUUUAUGUGUAUAUCUACGUGAUGCGAUUUAUUAGUGGCGAACUGGGAAUAAUUAAUCGCCAUUUAUAACCCUUACACGCUUUGUGUUGCAGCCCUACUUCAGUAAAUAUAUGCAAGAAGCUAAAUCUAACCUUAUUCUAAUCUGACCGGUUCAUGCAUCCGCGGACUCGCAUCAUCUUUCCGCUGUAUAUAAACAGCAAUGACAAGACGCUUUGUAAACGUCGACUGAUCUAAGGUAGUCGCAUGACAAAUCGCAACCGGUGGCAGGGAAUUGCAGAUGGAUAAUGAGUGAGUCCGAUGAUACGGAUGUCUUGCUCCUGAUCCCGCCCGAUAUAUUCCACGUUCAGUCUUCAAACACUAGCUCGAGUGAUUCCCCCAGAACAGAUUGUGGGAAGACUGGUGUCAUUUCGGAGCUGGUGGGACAUAUGCAAACGUUGGAGUCCCGUAUUUGUGCUAUCGAGUCCAGAGACAACAGUCUCGACGUAUCCGCGCUGAACAAUUCGCUGGACUCUCAGACAGUUCACGGCAGUGCGUCCUAUCCUUAUUAUCGGCAGACCUUGCCCAGAUUGUCAGUAAGUCAAAGCACCAGCCUGCAAAAUACUCCUGUGAAACCUCGUAAACCUCUGUCCGUUCCCUCCACUCCCAGUGGGUAUUCGACGCAGAACUAUACUAAUUUGGUGAAAAAUGACAUGAAGUCAGGGUGCUACCUUUCAACAGCUGUUACCUCUAAUUUGACUACUACUAAUACUCUCACUCGAGCAAAGCAUGAUACUCUAACAUCAUACUCUGACUCCUUUGUGGUACCUUCUACUUCUUGCGGUACUGAGCUCUCGCAUGCUACUGCUAUGUCUGUGAAGAAGGAAUCCUUGUCUCUUCGUCCAAAUGAUUGUUGUACGAGUAACUUGUAUUAUAAACCUCAUAAUUCUUUACAUUCAACAGUAUCUGCGUCAAACUUACCUAAUACAUCAAUAGGUCAGCAGCAUACUCGUACUAGAAUAGUGCAAGAGAUGGAAUUGUCAGAAGUUGACGAAUUGCUUCAAGAAAUGGAAGCCACUGAAUUGGAGUUAUCGAAAAGAAUAAAUAACUCUAACAGAUAUCAGUAUCAUAACGAGCUAGUUCAUCCGAUAUUAUCGACUCAAACUGUUGAUGCUGUAAAUAGUCAAGAGAAGGAGACACAACAUAAACUUGGGGCAUAUAAAAAAUUAAAUUUUCUAUCAUGCAGGAAAGAGCCUCAACUCACUGAUUCUUUAUCAGCAUUUUCUCAAAAGAAACCAAACAAUACAUUCCCUGAUAUAUCAUUACCAUACAGUGAAUCAUUCCAAUUAAAUGAAUCUAAUAAAAUGAUAUCUGAAUUUAAGACAUGGGAACAAAAUGUUCAACAGCCUACUUCAAAAGCAGAUGGGCAUACAAUAGAAAACAGUAUAAAAAAUAUAGAUCAUUUAUCUAAUGUAUCAUCUGCUAUAAUUUAUAAUGCUAAAUCAAAAGAAUCAAUGUCAAAUCAAAAUGUAAUGAAAAGUGAAGCAAGUACAAACAAUGUACAUGUUCAAUCCAAAGAUUCUAUUACAGACCCUCUAUUAUAUGUUAGCGAAUCAACUAAACUGUCUGAUGCGAUGCCAUCGAGACCUGCACAUUAUAGUAAUACAGAACAUUUAUCGAAUCCUUGUAAAAUGCCACAACACAAUGGAAAUGUACAUGACGACACAGAAAAAUCUGUAUUUUCUAAAAGUGCUGUACAUGUUGCUACAAAUACAGAUCCUCAUUCAAGAAAAUAUCAGCGAGUCUUGUCACUUUCGGAUUUUUGGGAAACUCACCCAGCUAGAUCACAAGAAGAAACACUUAGAAUAAAAUUAGAAGAGGAGAAAUUUCGCAGAGAGCAUUGUGAGCAUCUGAUUCAAGAACUUCAGAAACGACUGCUGGAACAACAAGAGAAAGUGGCAGUAGCGGUUAGAAUCGACAAUGAGAAAAACGUUUUGAUAUCUCAAUUUCAUGCAGCUUGGUCUAAAUUAAAGCAACAAGUCGCAAUACUAGAAGUUGAACAUAAAAACUCACAAACUAAUCUGCAAAAUGUCACAGAGAAACAUCAAUCUGAAAUCUCAGAACUUCAAACUCAAAUCAAAGGGCUUGAAGAAAAAUUAUCAAAAACUUUAGAUUUGGCAGCUGGAUAUAAAGAGAAAAGUGACACCACGAUCAAAGAAAAAGUUGAUUUACUAAAAACCCAUGCAGAUGAGUUAGAAAGUUAUAAAUUAUUAGUCCAAGAAGCAGAAAAUAGAUAUGAACAAAUAAAGAUAGAAUUUAACAAAUUAUUAGAAAAAAAUCUGCAAAAUGAGGAGACAUUAAAAACUGUUCAGUCAGAAUUAAAUAAAGAACGUCUGAGAGGGAGUGAAGUACGAAGUGAGAUGGGUGUUAUUCAUAAAGCACUGGAUACUUGUGAAGCCGAAUUGACAGUACUCAGACAAGAAAAAGAGAAUUUGCAACUUAAAUUGAAAGAAGAGAUAAACAGAAAUUCUAUUUUAGAACAAAAGAAUUCAUUGUUACUUGUAUCUAUUGAUGAUGCUAAGAAAGCAGAGAAAUUAGCUAAAGACGAAACAAAAUCUAUUGUCGAGCAAAAGGAAAAAAUCAGGGCAGAAUUACAGGAGGUUUAUCAGAAACAGGUCGAUGAGGUGGUGAAAGUAAAAUUACAAGAAUUUCAAACGCAACUUGAUACUGCUGAAUCAGAAUUUUUAGAAGAAUUAAAAACAAGACAGCAAGUUAUAGCUGAAUGCGCUGCUAGGAAGAUAAAGGAUGUUAUUGAUAAACACCGUUUAGAAAUAAACUUGUUAGAAGAAAAACAUAAAGAAGAGAAACGGUUAUGCGAGCUACAAUUAGCUCAAGCUUUACAAAGAUCAUCUAUGUUAGAAACGCAUUUGAACUCUCAGCGCACAACAAAAUCCCAACUUGCAGAACAACUGCAUUCUGUUAUGCAAAAGCAAUGGCAGCAAGCUUUACAUAUUAUAUCAGGUGGUAAUACGGAUAAUUUAUCUCCGAUUCAAAAAAUUUAUGCAAGUAAACAUUUUGAUUCUAAAGGUCCUAAAAAGUCUGAAUCAAUGCCAAACUGUUACACUAAGCUUUCUCAGGAACCGAUAAGAUAUGCCGCUCAGUUGUUGGAGACGCAAAACCCAAUACAAUUGCUUGAAGAUCAAAACGAAAGCGUGAUUACAAUGAAUUCUAAUGAAAAUACACCUUUAACUAGUAGAAAAGAAUCAAAGAACGAUCUUCGAAAAUAUGUGAAAAUGAUUGCAGAAAUGCAACUAGCAAAGGAAGAUAGGGAUGCAAAUCCUAGAAGCAGCAUUUCAAGCCCGCCGUUAGAAUGCAGGGAAGUACCGCGAAAACAUUACUUAAAAAAGGAAUUAAGUAUAAUGAGCGAAGAUAGCAUCAUGUGGCAACCAACUUCCGAGACUUCGCAUGACCUUAGUGAACAUAUAUCCCUCCCGCAAAAAAUGGUUACGAAAUUAGAUCAGCAGAGAAGCAAGCCACCUUGGAAAUGAUAUUUAGCUUAUGAUAAUAACGAUACCGAAGGUGUGGACGAACUCGACUAAAUCUGUUAGAUCAAUUCGAUGCAGUGUACUUAAUUAGCAGUAAUAUUCGAGAUUUUAUAGGAAAAAUAUCAAUAUAUUUUAUUAUGAAGAAAAUUUAAUA